AACGUUACGGGUUUAGCCCGCGCACAAGUCCACGUUUGCCAACAUAAUGUGGACGUCAUGGACAAUGUCAGGAAAGCGGCUAUUUUGGCCAUGGAGGAAUGUCAGUUCCAGUUCCGUAGUCGACUCUGGAACUGCUCGGCUGUGGAUACAAUUAAACUAUACGGCACACGGGAAGCAGCAUUCGUUCACGCCAUUUCUUCGGCAUCUGUAGCCUACGCAGUGACCCGUGCCUGCAGCACCGGUGAGCUGAGCAAGUGCAGCUGCGACAACAGCAUUCGCGGUCGCAGUCCGGACGGUCACCAGUGGUCUGGCUGCUCAGACAACAUUGCUUUUGGAUCUCAGUUUUCCAAGAGUUUUGUCGAUUCCCGCGAGCGGGUCAAACGAUCCGGACUGAAAGCCAGUCGGGCCCUUAUGAAUCUCCACAAUAACCAAGCCGGCAGAAAGGCGAUUGAAUUCAACAUGCGAGUGGACUGCAAAUGCCACGGUGUUUCCGGAUCCUGCCAGGUCAAAUCCUGCUGGCGCAGUAUGCCCACCUUCCGGCACAUUGGCAAUAUUCUCAAGGAGAAAUUCGACGGUGCCACCCUCAUGCGGAUGAGCUCCAAAUCCAAACGUGGCCGAACGAAGAAGACACGACGACUACUGGAACCGGUGAAUCGGCAGUUUCUGUUCCAUGGCGAGACCGACCUGAUCUACCUGGAUUCAUCGCCGGAUUUCUGUGUGGCCAAUUAUGCAAUCGGCUCGAUGGGGACGCGGGGUCGGCAGUGUAACAAGACAUCUCCGUAUCCCGACGGAUGCGACAUUAUGUGCUGCGGACGGGGAUAUGCCACGCAGACGUUCAGUAAACGGGAACGCUGCAAUUGUCGAUUCCAUUGGUGUUGCGAAGUGCGCUGCAAAGAAUGUAUAGCCCAUGAAGAGAUCCACACGUGCUUGUGAAAUCACCACGCGAAAAUUUCGCUUCUGAAGCUUCCUCGAACCUGUAAACUUUGU